CAGAAAUGUUUCCAACUCCGGUGAACCAGAGAAACAUUUAACUGAAUCAGUUUGCGUUAUGGAGGUUACGGAUGUAUUGCACGUCAGUUUGUCGAAAGACAAUAUCAACAUCGUUUAAAGUUGGAAAAGAUAGAAUGGUGAAGAGACAAAUGGAUGCAAGCGGUGGAUUUGUCAGUGUAGGUUUAUAGUCUGGAGGGCUCAACCUUACGCAGGACACCAUGAUCACUGAUGCAUCAAGUCUAGUGGAGUUGUACGAGGACAACGCUUCGCUCCUGUCCUCCGACUCAAGCGUUUUUUUCAGCGAGCCCGUUCUGCCAGGUGACGAUCCGCUGGACUUCUUCAUUAUAAAUGUUGGAGGCAGUCGCUACAUCCUCUCUCGGGAAUUGCUGGCCACCUACCCCGAGACACGCUUGGGAAUACUGGCACUCUCCACCCGAGACUCUGCUUUACAACUGUGCGACGAUGCAGAUUUCAUGGAGAACGAAUUCUUCUUUGACCGCAACUCGCAGACCUUCCAGUACAUCAUAAACUUUUACAAGACGGGCCACUUGCAUGUGCGCGAGGAGCUGUGCGUGAUCUCCUUUCUGCAGGAGAUUGAAUACUGGGGCAUCGACGAGCUCCGCAUAGACAGCUGUUGUAGGGACAAAUACUACAGAAGGAAGGAAAUGAAGGAGUCGUUGGAAAUUAAUGAUGGUGAAGUCGUGGAAAGUGAGGAGGUGGACUUUAGUGGCGUUUUAUGCCAGGACUUGCGGCAACACCUUUGGGACCUCAUGGAGAAGCCAGAUUCCUCCAAGGCGGCCAAGACGUUUGGGACACUGUCCAUGUUUUUUGUGGUGGUGUCCAUUGUAAACAUGGCUCUGAUUUCGCUUGACUUCACUAUACUUGGAGCGCCCAUUUUGGACAUUCUUGAAUACAUUUGUAUCAUAUGGUUCACAGGUGAAUUGGUUCUCAGGUUCUUGUGUGUAAGGGAUAAGUGCAAGUUCAGCAGGAGCGUGGUGAACAUCAUAGAUCUGCUUGCUAUUUUGCCGUUUUAUGUGACUUUGGCUGUGGAGAGCCUGCAUGGGGAGUCGACGGAGCUGGAGAACGUCGGACGAGUUGUUCAGGUCUUACGACUGAUGAGGUCACUGAGGAUGCUAAAACUUGGGCGACACUCCACAGGUCUCAAAUCUCUGGGCAUGACGAUAGCUCAGUGCUACGAGGAAGUCGGUCUACUGAUGCUGUUUCUUUCCGUCGGCAUCUCCAUCUUCGCCACUGUGGAAUAUGCCAUUGAACACGACAUGCCAGAGACCACCUUCAUCAACGUGCCCAGCGCCUGGUGGUGGGCCACCACCUCCAUGACCACAGUGGGCUACGGAGACAUCCGUCCCGACACAGUCGUGGGAAAGGUGAUGGCCUUUAUCUGCAUCCUCUCCGGGAUCCUCAUCCUCGCGUUGCCUAUCGCCAUCAUCAAUGAUCGCUUCUCCGCCUGCUACUUCACUCUUAAAAUGAAGGAGGCGGCGCUUCGGCAUGGAGAGGCUCUGAAGCGGCUGACGCGCAACUCGACCUCGGAUAUCUCGGCGGUAGGGGUGAAUCUGCGUGAUGCCUACGCCAAAAGCGUGCUGGAGAUGCUGCGGUUGCAGGGGCGAGAGCGAGCGAGCACACGCAGUAGCGCAGGAGAUCUCUGGUGGUAACAGAAGGCCUACAUACUAAACGAGAAAGAGUGUGUGAGUGUGAGUGAGGGUGAGAAAGAGAGAGAGAGAGGUCUUUUAAAGGACAGCAAAACCUUUUCAGUUGAAAGUAUGUAAUUUCUGUGACAUUAGCAGUACCAAACGGAAUUGCAAAAAUAAUGACUGUUUUCAAACAGGUGUACUAAGCACUCCGCCUGUCUGCCAAUGGCCGGCAAACAGGCUGUCCCCACUCCAAACUCACGUGAUUGGUUGAGUCAAGGAUCCUGUACUGCUCAUAAAAGAGUAAAAGCAGCACAAUGCAUGCUGAGAUGCGUUUACUCUUUUUUUAAGUGGCCUACACGUGGCUUGUCUCUGCAUACAUGCGUGCAUUUCUGUUUAAAAACGUUUAAUCGUCAAAUUACUGCAUAACUAUUUUACAAUUGAAUCACCCCCCAUAACAUUUUCCAUAAACAUUUGUUUAUCUAUGUGCAACAUUUUGAUUGUUUAUAUGUUACUAGUUUAUACUGUUCAAUUUAAUAAAAUAUAUGUCCUGA